AAGAGUUCGAGACGCUGUAUUUGAGCGGUUUUCAUCUUAGCAUCAUGCGCGGUGCCAUGGAAUCUCUGAGGCAGCUGCGUGGAGUGACGCAGGACUCUGAUCCUGCACGUGUACGCAGUGCCCGUGGAUUGCUUGUGCUCGGUGCAGUUGGAGGCUUCCUGGUGGCCUGCUGCACGGGCUUGGUGGGCAUGCUGGUGGGCCGCUACCUCGCAGGCAAUGGGAAUGCGAAGUCGUCUACUCUAGAUCCUGUGGUGCUGUCGCUGCCUGUGAUGAGAGCUUCAGCGCCACAUCCGCUUGCAGGCCGAGUUCGCCAACGGGAACAUGAUCGCUUCUUCAGCAGGUACAUGCGCUUGCAAAAGGGAACCUUUCCAACUGAGAUCGACAUCAAGAACCAAGAUGAUGCUGUCUACUAUGGUGUGAUUGGCCUGGGACGCCCCGCCCAGCAAUUCCGCGUAGUCUUCGACACAGGCUCUGCAAACCUUUGGGUGCCUUCAGAAGAGUGUGUGAAUUGUGACUCUAUGAAGAUUCACAACAAGUUUGAUGGUCCCAGCUCUUCCACCUACGAACACUCCAGGUUCGCUGUUGAGUUGGCUUAUGCCACAGGUUCGUGCAAAGGCUUCCUUGCACGGGAUCGCCUGAACUUUGGGAAUGCCACGGUGGAGAAAGUGCCCUUUGUUGAGGUCUUUCAGGUCUCGGCCCCCUUCCCGGCCUCGGACUUCGAUGGGAUUUUUGGUUUGGGCUUUGCAGGGCUUGCCACGCCACCAGGACUGGUCACUCCCCUGGACUUGAUGCUCAAGACCUACAGUGGCCGGCUCCGUGAGAAGGUCUUCUCUUUCCUCAUGAGCAAUGACCCUUCGGUGCCUGGGGAGCUGCGCUUCGGACAAGUGCCCAUGGAACGCUACUCCGAGGGGUUGAGAUGGAUCGAUGUCCUGAAGGAUGUAGAUGCAGCAGGCCAACCUGCCUACCGCUUUUGGGCUGUAUCAAUGGACACGGUGUCAUUCGCUGGCAAAAAGCUCACUGGCCGUGUAGGUCUCCUAGACUCGGGUGCCAGUUGCUUGGUGCUUCCCGAGAAGGAUGCCAGCCUUUUCUACGACGCGGUGCGAGAGGCACAGCAGCAUGAUGCCCGCUGUAGCGCCUUGCCGAAGUUGACGCUCACGAUUGGAGGGCAGGACUAUGUUCUGACAGGGGACGACUACGGCUUUCAACAGUUGGGUGGCUGCCAGCUGUGUGUUCAGGCCAGAGAAGACCGGACCUGGAUCAUUGGGGAUGUCUUUCAUCGCAAGUUUCCGGUGACCUAUGACUUCGGUGCGCACAGGAUAGGUCUUCCUCUAGGCCGCCACCAUUGGACUUACACGAGCUUGGUCCUCAGUUUUAUGGCGGUGGCCUUGUGUGUGCCGCUGCUUGUCACCUUUGGAAAGGUUUACCACAGGCGCUACGCACGACGUUUGACAACCAGAGGGACAGAGGCUCCUGCAACGCGAGACCCUGCUUGCGAACUCUCACACAGUCACCGCUCCGGCGAGCGUCUGAGAUGAUCUGAGAUGACCCAGGUGAAGAGCUGUGAAGUUGACCCUUCAGUCGCCCCUUCGGUGCUGGGCACCGGUGCAGAAUUGUUGCCAAGGAAUGAAAGGAUCCCAACAGUUCUGGAUAUGAUGUCAAUGAUUCACAGAAGCUCCCCCAAUGGAAGGUUCACCAGGUCUUUAAGGUGUGAGGUACACUUUUGAGGCGCGAUUGAGGGAAUCAUGCGGGGGACGGGGGAUAAAGAAGAAACGAACAAGAGGGAAGACACAUUUCAAUAAAAAGAAAAAGACAAAGAGAAGGACAAUCUCUAUGUAUAUAGUGAAUUCGGAAGCUGGGGUUCCGUGUUUGGCUCGGAUUAGUUAUAUAGCGGUAGUUUUGUGAUGGUGCACACAUUGCAUAAAUUACUUAAGUACGACUAACCUGUUAUCGACUGGAGCAUUUCUUGGCUCGGAUAGACAAUAUGAUAUUUAUCCAUCCUGACUUGACAUUAUUCUUCUUUUGCUGAGGGUCUACAAAACUCAGUGAACCCUUGACAGGUGAUUUGCUUGGAGAGUUUGUGUCUAUUUUCAGCUGAGAGGCUCAAUUUUGGUCAGACUCCUCAAAGUCCCUUGGCAGCAAUGUUUCUAGUUAGGUGGCAUUGAGAAGGGCGAAGAGACGACGUAGGAACGGCAAACCCUCGCACAUUCAGAGAUUGAUUACAUUGAGGAAAAUGCAAAUCCGAGGAAGAUACGUCUUAGAAGCUAAGUUUCUGGGGAUAUUCUUGCAGAUUUCGCAGCCAUUGGAUAGACUGUAGCCGUGGUACUUGGAAGGUAUCAAGCCAAACCAG